AUGGGGAAUCUGGAAUAUUCCGACAGUCAGCGACAAGCCAGUCGUUGUUUAAAGAUACUCUCCGUUAAAUAUCCUCAAGUUAGUUCAAUAGUUGAAGAAGUUAUGGGUCGAGCGCUCUUCGAUGAGUUCUAUAGUAAAACUGAUCAAUUCUAUUUGUAUAUGACACCACUUCAAGCGGAUUUAUUGGUCUCUACCAAAACAAAAUUUCCCGGUAUUGAUGAAAUUAAUUUGGAGUUUUAA